AUGGUUCAGAAGAUUAUUGAUCACAAACAUAUUGAAAUGAUGAUUACAGAUCAAAAUUACACGCAUUGGAUAUUUCAUGGGGAGCCAGAACCCCUGAACAUUAAUAGUGAUAAUGAUAAUGAUAAUGAUAAUGUUGACGAUUCUUACAUCGAUGACAUAGACGAUAUGUUAGGUGACAUUCAUGUUGCUACCACUGUCGGUGUUGAUGAAGACAUGGAUGCACAUAUAGCGGGUCCUUCCUCCGUUGAACUCGAACCAACCAGUUUUGAGAAACUGUUAGAAGAUGCUCGUCGUCCACUUUACGAUGGCUGCACAACAUUUUCUAAACUAUUAUUCACUAUGAAGUUGCUCCACAUCGAAACAAUUGGUGGGUGGAGUAUAAAGUUCUUCGACAUGUUGCUUAAACUAUUGAAAACUGCUUUUCCCCAAUCACUCUUGCCAGAAUCUUUCGAUAAGGCACGGUCAUUGGAGCGAGGCCUCGAAUUUAGAUACAUAAAAAUACAUGCAUGUCCUAAUGAUUGCAUAUUAUAUUGGAAGGAAAAUUCCAACAAGCAAGAGUGUCCUAAGUGCAAGGUAUUUAGGUGGUUGUCUACCACACCUAAGCAACGACCAGUACCCCAAAAGGUUAUGCGUUAUUUCCCACUUAAGCCAAGGUUGCAGAGAUUAUUUAUGUCCAAGAAAACUGCAGUAUCCAUGAGAUGGCAUCAAUCACAAAGGGUGGGGGAUGAAAACACUUUGAGGCAUUCUGCAGACUCCGAGGUGUGGACCGCAAUUGAUAGAGAGCAUCGUUGGUUUGCUGAAGAUGCCCGUAAUGUUAGACUUGGUCUUGCUAGUGAUGGAUUCAACCCAUUUAAUAAUAUGAGUAAACCAUAUAGCAUAUGGCCAGUGAUUCUGGUUCCAUAUAACUUGCUUCCAUGGUUAUGUAUGAAAGACCCGUUCUUCAUGUUGUCUACAUUAAUUCCUGGGCCUAAAUCACCUGAGAAUGAAAUUGAUGUUUACUUACGCCCUUUAGUUGAUGAACUAAAUGAUUUGUGGGAAAAUGGAGUAGAUACGUAUGAUGCGAUGGUUGGCCAACGAUUUCGAUUGCAUGCAGCUUUACUAUGGACUAUUAAUGAUUUUCCCGCAUAUGGUAAUCUUUAUGGGUGGAGCACUAAGGGAAAGUUGGCAUGUCCUUGUUGCGACCUAGAUACAGAUAGCAUGUGGUUGAGACAUGGUCGGAAGCAUUGUUACAUGGGUCAUCGUCGCUUCCUACCUUCAGGUCACAUAUGGAGAACAAAGAAGACAAUUUUUAAUGGCACAGAAGAUCACCGGAUGCCACCUAGACAGUUGUCUGGAGGAGAUAUAAUGCAUCAGUUAAAUAACAUGGCUCAAGUGCAUUUUGGCAAAGGUUAUAAAAGGAGAAAACGCACCCCUGAGGAGUUAAAUUGGACAAAACAUAGUAUCUUCUUUGAACUGCCAUAUUGGGCAUCUCUCAAACUUAGGCAUAAUCUCGAUGUGAUGCACAUUGAAAAGAACAUUUUUGACAAUGUGUUGGGUACAUUGAUCAAUAUUCAAGGUAAAACAAAAGAUAAUAUCAAUGCUCGACGAGACUUUGCUGAACUGGGUAUAAGAAAAGAGUUACAUUUGAAAGAAGAUGGGGAUCGAGUUGUAAUUCCUCAUGCCUAUUUCAUGCUACAUGGAAAUGAAUGGAAAGAGUUUUGUGCAUGGUUAAGUGGAGUUAAAUUCCCUGAUGGUUUUGCAUCUAAUAUUUCUAGGUGUGUUAAUGUUAGUGAUUGUAAAAUAUCUGGUAUGAAAAGUCAUGAUGCCUACAUAUUCAUGCAAAGGCUACUGCCAGCAGUAAUCGCUGUCCAUUUGCCUCGUAAGUUGGGCCUCGCAGGACCAGUUCAAUACAGGUGGAUGUAUCCAUUCGAGAGGUACUUGGACAAAUUUAAGCGGUACGUAAAAAACAAAGCCCGGCCAGAAGGAUCCAUUGCGAAGGCAUAUAUUCAUGUAGAAUGCUUGACAUUUGCCUCGAUGUAUCUGCAUGAUGUACCAACUAGGUUCAUCAAUGAGGAUCGAAACAUUGAUAUUGGUGUUCAAACAACCGAAGUAGCUUCCUUCUCAGUUUUUUCACAGAAAGUGCGCCCAUUGGGGACUUCAAUUCCUACACAACUAGAGAAAAAAUUAUUUAAGACUGCCAGAUGGGAGCACUACAACAUUCUGAAGGACCAGAGCCUAACUAACAUAGAAAGGAGGCAUGAAAUUGAAUUUCCUUCGUGGUUCAAAAAACGUAUUCAAGCACUUCGUGCUGGGGACCCUAACCAAGUAUCUGAUGAUCUUUAUGCAAUAGCUUCUGGUCCUGACCCUUGGGUGGCAUCAUAUGCUGGUUGUAUAAUGAACGGUAUAAGGUUUCUUACAAAGCAUCGUGAAAUAAACCGUAGAACACAAAAUAGUGGUGUGUUAGUUACAAGUGAACACCAAUCAACUCUGAUAGAUUUCUAUGGUGUUCUCAAUGACAUAUUAGAGUUGUGGUACAUGGGAUGGCGACGUGUCUGGUUGUUUAGUUGCGUUUGGUUUGAUGUUAGUGAUACCAUUCGAGGGAUACAUGUUAGUGAGCAUGUUACAAGUGUCAAUAUGUCCCGAACUUGGUAUAAGGACGAUCCGUUUGUGCUGGCUUAUCAAGCAUCACAAGUUUUUUACCUCAAAGACACAGACCUACGUGGGUCUUGGCACAUUGUACAGAAGAUCACAUAUAGGAAUGUCUAUGAUGUUCCUCAGUUGGAGAUAAUUGAUGACGGAGAUGAUUCUAGCGAGGGUGAUGUAUAUCAGGAAGAUCAGUCUUCUUACAUUUAUAGAGAUGUCGAGUUUGAUGAGAAUGGCCUUAUGUCCUCAUUGCUAAGGCCAGGUUGUCUCCAACAAACUGUUCCUGCUGAUGAAUUAAUCAUAGGAAAUAAUGACAUUCUUGACGACCGGGAAUUUAUCAACGACAUCUUGGAGGAUUCUACAGAUGACAGCUCUGAUACCAUGUUCAUUGCUUCCAUUGAUGAUGAAGACUCACUUGGAGACACUGAUGUAGAGGCCGAGGAUGUUUAA